CUUUAUAACUCAGAGUGGAGCCCUUUGCCAGCAGGUAUGUGUGCCCCCUGCUUUAUAACUCAGAGUGGAGCCCUAUGCCAGCAGGCAGCAGUUAUCCGGCUUUAUAACUCAGGGUGGAGCCCUAUGCCAGCAGUUACCUGGCUUUAUAACUCAGAGUGGAGCCCUAUGCCAGCAGGUAUGUGUGCCCCCUGCUUUAUAACUCAGAGUGGAGCCCUAUGCCAGCAGGCAGCAGUUACCCGGCUUUAUAACUCAGAGUGGAGCCCUAUGCCAGCAGGCAGCAGUUACCCGGCUUUAUAACUCAGAGUGGAGCCCUAUGCCAGCAGGCAGCAAUUACCCGGCAUUGCAGCGCUGAGUGGAGCCGAGCGCUAACAGGAAGCCAGGGCUGUAAGUGACACGUGGAAAGAAAGUUUUUAGUGAAUCAGAUCUGAUCCCUCCCAGCGGCAGAGAAGUCUCAGCUCCGCGGCACCUUUUCGAUGGCAUCAUCCCUGGGGGGCAAGAUCGCGGGGUACCAGACGGCCCAAGUGCCAGCCGGUGACCUGCAACACCCGCUACUCCUGGAGCGGCUAAGAAGGAGCAGCAGAGACACCUUCUGGUCCAGGUUAGAGUCUCGAGUCUGGACUGUGACCCUCCUGGUGGGGACAUGUCUCCUGUAUUGCGCCCGUUCCAGCAUGCCAAUCUGUGCCGUAACCAUGAGUGAGGACUUUGGUUGGAACAAGCGCCAGUCGGGAGUUGUCCUCAGCAGCUUCUUCUGGGGUUACUGUCUUACCCAAGUUCUUGGGGGGCACCUGAGUGACAAGGUUGGGGGAGAGAAAGUAAUUUUCCUCUCAGCAUUGACAUGGGGUCUGAUCACAGCUAUGACUCCCCUUGUUGCUCACUUGACCACAGUUCCUCUAAUUCUGGUCAGUCUCCUCCGCUUCCUGAUGGGACUGUUGCAAGGUGUCCACUUUCCUGCUCUGGUGAGUCUCUUCUCUCAUCGAGUACGUGAGACUGAGCGUGCGUUUACCUGCAGUACAGUCGGCAGUGGGUCUCAGCUUGGGACUCUGGUUAUGGGAGGAGCUGGCUCACUUUUGCUGGAGUGGUACGGCUGGGAGAGCGUCUUUUACUUUGCUGGCUUCCUCACCUUACUCUGGGGGUACUGCUUGAGCACUUACCUACUGAAGGAGAAAGAGAGAAUUGUGACUGUCGAGGAUCUGGGGAAAUGUUUUGCCGUCUCUUCCCAGGCCAACGGACAAUGGAAGAAAUUGUUCUGGAAAGCUCCUGUGUGGGCAGUGAUCCUGGCCCAGCUCUGUGUUGCCAGCACGGCUUUCACAAUUUUCUCCUGGAUGCCAACAUUCUUCAAAGAAAGGUUCCCGGAAUCCAAGGGCUGGGUAUUCAAUGUUGUUCCCUGGCUCUUUGCUAUACCCGCUGGUAUUCUGAGCGGGCUCCUGUCUGACCAUCUCAUGACUCGAGGUUAUCAGACAGUCUGGGUGCGGAAACUUAUGCAGAUUGUUGGCAUGGGAUUCUCCAGUGUCUUUAUCUUCUGCCUGGCUCACAGCUCCUCGUAUCAUUAUGCAGUGGCUUUUGCCUCCGUGGCACUUGCACUACAGACUUUUAAUCACAGUGGUAUCACCGUUAAUGUGCAGGAUCUGGCUCCAACCUGUGCCGGCUUCCUUUUUGGUGUGGCCAAUACAGGUGGUGCUUUGCUGGGAGUGGUUUUGGUCUACCUGUCUGGUUACCUGAUUGAAACCACAGGAUCGUGGAGCUCCAUGUUCCACCUUGUGAUUGUGGUGAACCUGAUGGGUCUUGUUGUCUUCCUGGAGUUUGCGAGGUCAGAGCGAGUGGAUGCGGAGACAAUUCACGUGUAGGUGGGAGAUCCCACGGUUACGAUGGCCACAGAACCCCUAUCAGGCCUGGGCAGAGGAUGGACAGUGAAUUAAAGGAAAGUAGGGGGUCAACCAAAGCAGCAUGCAUCUCUACUUUCACAGCCGGGCAGUUCCUGCUAUAUCAAUGGUCAAUACAAAGGAAGGCAAUCAAGUUAUGUUCUGAAGCAGCGUGGAUAUAUAAAGACAAUGGCAAUAUGGUGGCCCCUGGGGGGCCAGUUUUGGGGACCAAUUUCAAGCAACUUCUUAUUUAUUUAUUUAUUGCACAAUACAUUCCCGUCCGCCCUCCAAUUACAGAAAUGGUGGUUGGGUUGGUUACCCUGAAUUAUACGGUUUAAUUUGCACUGGUGAUUUAAGCAUUCUGAUUGGCUCAUAGAAUUUGGGACACUCCUCAUGGCUGCUUUUUGUUACCUGCCCUGCUUCUGUGCUUAUUGAAGCUUCAUCCUUCAGCAGAGGCAUUCAACACAGGCAUAACGUGUCCUACCAGUUGCUAAUGGGAGCGGCAUAGCAGACCUUCUUGCUACAAGACAUUGCAGCAAAACUUUAAAACAAAAGGGCAGCUCCUGUGCCCAGAGAGACAAAAUAGAACAAACCGUUCAGAGGGCAGUGACUGCAGUAUAUAUAUAUAUAUAUAUA